AUGUCUACAGCGGUAAGCAAGAAUACAUCUACUAUCAAAUUGAACACUGGAUACACAAUUCCCCAGGUAGGCUUGGGAACGUGGAGGUCGAAGGAAAAUGAGGGAUACAAGGCAGUCCUAACAGCCCUACAGGCCGGUUACAGACAUAUCGACGACGCUGCUAUCUACCUCAAUGAGGAAGAAGUCGGCAGAGCAAUCAAGGACUCGGGUGUUCCUCGUGAGGAGAUUUUCCUCACCACAAAGCUGUGGAAUACUCAGCAACGGACGCCUGAAGAAGCGCUGAAUCAAUCUCUGAAGAGACUCGGGGUGGAUUACGUCGACCUAUACCUGAUGCACUGGCCAGUUCCGUUCAGGACUGAAACUAUCAAGGACGGUAACUACUUGACUAUUCCCAAGAAGGCUGAUGGCAGACCAGAUGUUGACGAAGAGUGGAAUUUUGUCAAGACCUGGGAGUUGAUGCAAGAAUUGCCCAAGACCGGUAAGGUGAGAAGUGUUGGUGUUUCUAAUUUUUCAAUCAAUAACUUGAAAGAGCUGCUGUCAUCGCCAGGUAACAAGUUGACUCCCGCUGUUAACCAAAUAGAACUGCAUCCAUUACUGCCUGAGUUUGCCUUGGUUGAUUUCUGUAAGGAGCACGGCAUUGUUGUCGAAGCUUACUCGCCAUUUGGUGGUCAAGACGCUCCAGUGUUGGACGACAACAUCAUUAAUCAAAUUGCCAAGGACCAUGGUGCUGAUGCAGGCCAGGUCAUUGUUAGCUGGGGUGUCCAAAGAGGUAUAGUCACUCUCCCCAAGUCAGUAACGCCAGCGAGAGUCGUUUCAAAUCUCCAGACCUUCAAAUUGUCUGAUGACGAAUUUAGGUCUAUUAGCCAAUUAACAAAUAGCAAAAAGCCAAAGAGAACUAACGCCCCAGAUAUGUCUCCUUUCCCACUCUUUGAGUAA